UUCGGUAUUCUCCAGCUCAACUUUCAAUGUCAAAAUGGCUCCCAACUUUCCUAAGUUGGAAUGGGGCUACGAUUUUGCAGAUUCUAUUCGGGUUAUCUGCGGUUUAGUACCAAAAAAGACACCGAAUGUUCCUAAAUUUGAUCCAUGGGAUGUUAAAACAUAUAAAGUUGAAGAUUGCAUUCAGGAACUACAAGAUUAUCAAAAGAAACUAGCAGAAAAGGGACUAAAGGAUCAUUGGAUUAGAUUUGAGGCAUCUCAAUACCACAAAGACAUUCAUAUCAACAAGAACUUCACAAGAUGGCAAAUGUUUGGCAGAAUGUUGAUUCCUGGAAUCAUUGUAGGGAGUAUUCUGGCAUACCUGAAAAUAAAUUACUUCACCUAUCAUGAUUAUGAAGGAAGAGAGGAGAGAUUUAAACACCAUUGAUUAUAUUAUUGCUGUAACACACAGAGCUGACUGCUAAUUGACACCUAUUUUGUGACUUGGUUAAUAAAAAGAAAAUGUUAUGUCAACUGA